GGGAGAAUUAACCUGAAAUAAUGAUAAUUCGGAAGGACGAAACCGUAAAGACUUGGCGAUAAUUUCGUUGGUUCUUUUCGCGAGUUUCGAGCGAAAGCCAUGUUGGAUGUCGACUGAUCGAAUAAUGGAUUUCCUCGAGCCAGGAGUCCGGUGGCUUGAGGAGGCUUUCGGUCUUGUCCAGGAGUACAUCAGGACCUCCACGAAAGGACUAUCUAGAAGCGACGUGACCAGUUUCAUCCACCGGGAACCACCUUCUCCACCAACCCCGAAGAGCACCUUCGAAGUCCCGGAAAUGGUCCGCAAGUCGGCCGUCGUCCUGGCCGCAGGAGUCAUAGCUUCGGAGCUCUUAUGGCAGCUGUACAAAAGGUUCACAAGACGAAAAUCAGAGGACUCAUUGCUUGUCCGACACGACCGGGAGAAAAUCAUCGCCGAGGUGCUCUUCUUCUCGGAGGAGUCUUCUCUAUGUCGACUACAUGCAGCCCAAGGGACUCCGUGUCCUCGACGGAUCUGUUCCCUGGCGAACGUGCGGAAGAUCAUGUCGCACCUGAAAUCCGCAAUGAAGAGCCUCGACGUGUGUAUGUACAUGCUGACCCAUCAGGACCUCUCGAAAUGCAUCGUGGAUGCACUAGGUCGGCGUGUCGUCGUGAGGGUCAUCGUGGACGCGACAAUGGCGGAAAAUCAGGCCAGCCAAGUGCUUCUGUUAAGGAGAGCCGGAGUCCGCGUGCGAACGAAGCAGUCCGAGUUCCUGAUGCACCACAAAUUCGCCCUGAUAGACGGACGUAUCCUGAUAACCGGGAGCACGAACUGGACCUCGCAGGCAGUCUUCGGGAACUUCGACAACGUCCUCGUGACAAAUCGGCGGGAGUUCGUCAGUCCUUUCGCGGAGGAGUUCGACAGGAUGUGGAAUAUCCUGGACUCGGAGCCUGAUAAGAUCCCGGAGAAUCUCCUUAUCUAGAGAUGCUUUAACCCCUGACCACCCUGAAGAGACUCCGCGACGUGAUCCGCAACGGGUUGAAAUACAGCGAUCUUGUUACUUC